AUGGCGCCCCUCGAAAAUCCGAACAAGAACCCAAUCCUCCUCCAAAAGACUUACAGUGCAGAGCCCGAUAUAGCAAAUCAGGAACACGUACGACACCAGUCUACCAGAGCCCUACAGAAUUUGGGUGCGAUGGAGAGCAAAUUGACGUCCGGAUCCCAGAUUUUUUGCUUAGGGUUCGAGAUUCAAAUGGGUUUUGGGAAUGGUACAGGUUUUCUGUUUCGGCGAGCGGAGCGCACCACCAAAUAGCUGAUAGAGGAGGAGAGGGUUAAAGUAGGGCGGGCGAGCGGCGCUGACCGGCCAGUGGGCUGGGAUUACUAGGAUUCAACUGAUUAGUUGCUGGCGGUAGCCAUGUCCUUGGGUUGGGUGUGCUUUCGGGUAUUCCACGAUUGUAUAGAUCCAGCAUUGGUAAAUUUACAUGCAGUGAUAAUAUUUAUAUAUACGGGUAGCACCACAACCCUUUUGUAAUGUCUUUUUCAAAUCCGCCAGAGGUCUGGGCGAUGGGGGUGGGGUUUACUGGGAUAGUGGGGCAUGGUGUUCAGAUGCCCGCUUCACGGAUGCCGGCAUUCCAAAGUUUUCAGACACUCCAACGGAAUCGGGAACACCAGUCAUGUUCAAAGAAAUUGCCCUGAAUUUCCCAAGCGCAGCAGCCACCAGAGUACCUUCAAAUCCCCCACCUCACAAUUUCCCGUCUCCAUCAAAUACCCUCCCCUCUUUCCCCGCUGCCGAGCACAUGCGUCCUUUAAGAGGGGAUCUCGCCAUAAGCGACCAGGACGAGAAUCGCCCCAUAAAGGAAAAUGGUUGGCAAAAUCAGGGUCACAGGCGCGAGCUUCACAACCAUCUUGGCAAGCCUCUUCCACCUAUCCGUUUCUAUGCUCUUCCACGCCUCCACGAACGUCAAGUCUCUGCCAUCGUCAGUCCUUCCAAAGGUGCGGUCGAACGGGGCGAUGGGCUCCAAGUUUUCAGGGAGGUGCGAGGCCUUAACACGGACGAGGGCGACGGAUGCCGGGAGGAUAAUGCCGAGGUAGAGGAGGAAGGCCGCCAGGGUGGCGAUGAGGCAAGUGGGUCCAUCGGCUCUGAGGUUAGCAAGGCCGUUAAUGAGUUCCGUGCUGAGGUAGGCGAGGAGUGUGACAAUUGCAACGGCUGGAAGGGUCUUUCGGGCAGUGGACCAAGGGGUCGACCUCAUUCGGGUGAACCAGUUCGCGGCCUGGGGCUUCGAGAUCACAAUGCUUCGGUUCACAAUUAGCACUCUUUCACACAUUAAGGGUGGAAUGGAGGGGACAUACUGCGUGCAAACCAUGGCAAACCGUGCUAAUACAAGACCGUUGGCGAGACCACUGAUGAUCCUCGUAAGGGAGCCCGGGAAGACCCGCCCAAGCAAAAUCUGACACAUCACGUUGAGAGAAGUAUAGGCAAAGGUAUAGAAGAGGUGCGCAACGAAACCUCUCCAGAGAGCAAAGAAGCCGCCCUCGGAACGCAAGUGACGGAGGGUUCCAAGGAGAGAAGAGGUGAUAUAGUGCCUCUCCUCGGUAUCGAUUCCAAGAACGGCCGCCGCCUUGCGGUCGCUCUGGGCGAGAGGGAGGUAAGCUGCGGUGGGGUCUUCGAUGGCAGUAAGGGUUAUCAAGAUGGCAGCGGUGUACUGCAUCUGUUGUUUAUUCCCAGCAUCAAAUCAGCUUUUCCGCUCAGUAUUCCACGAUAGUGAAAAGGGGGGGAAUAACAAACCGCAAAGAUGGAAAGCCCAAGGAGAACGAAAACAGCCACGAUGGAAAGAGCGGCAUAGUCCAUUUCAUGUUCCCUGGGGUAGCCACCCCUCUUUACCAAACCCGUCGUGGUUUCGAAGAGCAAACCUGCCCUCUCUGA